GCGGGGCCGGGCGGGGGCCGCCAUGUCGCUGGGGUCGGCGGAGCGGCUCUGUGGAGAGCCGGGCAGGGCUGUGCGGGGGGCCGGGCUGCGGCGCGGCCUGCCUUCCUCUGGCGGCCCGCCCUGCUCGGGCUCCCGGGCGGCUGCGCAGCUGUCAGAGGGCGCGGUCUCGGCCUGGGUCCGCCGCCCCGACUCUUCCCUCCCCGCCGCCCCGGUGCCCCGCCUCACCCGUCAGCGCGACCCGGAGCCCGGCCGCCCUCGGUGCCGGCCCCUAGGCCCCGCAUCCCGGCAGCUUGCAUCCCGAUGCCCCGCAUCUCGGCGCCCAUUACACCGCGCCCCGCAUCCCCACACCCAUCAUCCGGAUCCCCGCGCCCCGCAUCCCGAUCCCCGCGCCCAGCAUCCGGUAUCCCCGCAUCCCUUAGCCCAGCGUCCCGCUUCUCCGCGCGGUCUCCGCUUUGCCCGAAGUUUUUACAUACAAAUUCUACUAGUCAUACUUGGCCCUUCAGUGCAGUUGCUGAAUUAAUAGAUAAUGCUUAUGAUCCUGAUGUGAAUGCUAAGCAGAUAUGGAUUGACAAAACAGUGAUAAAUGACCGGAUAUGUUUGACAUUCACGGAUAAUGGGAACGGAAUGACAGCAGAUAAGUUACAUAAAAUGCUAAGCUUUGGCUUCAGUGACAAAGUUACCAUGAAUGGUCAUGUCCCAGUUGGAUUGUAUGGUAAUGGCUUCAAGUCAGGCUCAAUGCGUUUGGGUAAAGAUGCAAUGGUUUUCACUAAAAACGGAGAAACCAUGAGUGUCGGCUUCUUGUCUCAGACGUACUUGGAAGUCAUAAAGGCAGAGCAUGUUGUUGUCCCAAUAGUGGCAUUUAACAAACACCGACAAAUGAUUAAUUUAGCAGAAUCAAAAGCAAGCCUUGCAGCAGUUCUGGAACAUUCCCUGUUUUCUACGGAACAGAAGCUGCUGGCGGAACUUGAUGCUAUUAUGGGUAAGAAGGGGACAAGGAUCAUCAUUUGGAAUCUUAGAAGCUACAAAAACGCAACAGAAUUUGAUUUUGAAAAGGAUAAAUAUGACAUCAGAAUUCCCGAGGACUUGGAUGAGACUGCGGGGAAGAAAGGGUACCGGAAGCAAGAAAGGAUGGACCAGAUUGCUCCUGAGAGCGACUACUCUCUGAGGGCUUACUGCAGUAUUUUAUACCUAAAGCCAAGAAUGCAGAUCAUCCUGCGUGGACAGAAAGUGAAGACACAGCUAGUUUCAAAGAGUCUUGCCUACAUAGAACGUGAUGUUUAUCGACCUAAAUUUUUAACUAGAACAGUGAGAAUUACUUUUGGAUUCAACUGCAGAAAUAAAGAUCAUUAUGGAAUAAUGAUGUACCACAGAAAUAGACUCAUCAAAGCUUAUGAAAAAGUUGGAUGUCAGUUAAAGGCAAACAACAUGGGUGUUGGAGUAGUUGGAAUUAUAGAAUGUAAUUUCCUUAAGCCAACUCACAAUAAACAAGAUUUCGACUAUACUAACGAGUACAGGCUUACAAUGACAGCACUAGGAGAAAAGCUGAAUGAUUACUGGAAUGAAAUGAAAGUGAAAAAAAAUUCAGAAUAUCCUCUAAAUUUGCCAGUUGAAGAUAUACAGAAGCGUCCUGAUCAGACAUGGGUUCAAUGUGAUUCUUGUCUAAAGUGGCGGAAAUUACCAGAUGGGAUAGAUCAACUUCCAGAAAAAUGGUAUUGCUCCAAUAAUCCUGACCCACAGUUCAGAAAUUGUGAAGUUCCAGAAGAACCCGAAGAUGAGGACUUGGUACACCCUACUUACGAGAAGACCUAUAAAAAGACCAACAAAGAGAAAUACAGGAUCAGACAACCAGAAAUGAUUCCUCAGAUAAAUGUUGACCUGUUGUUUCGGACACCUCCUAUUCCAAAUCAAAGCUUUUCUUCUGUGAAGGAAAGUGUACCAAGAGCACAUCUUCCAGAAGUGGGGAGUUCCUUUGCAACAAGGCUCAUAAAUAACCAUCGAGUUUCACCUCAGUCUGAACCUGAGAGCAACAGCCUGAAACGGAGACUUUGUACUCGUUCAUCAAUUUUGAAUGCAAAGAAUCGAAGAAUAAGUAAUCCUGCAUUUGAAAAUUCAUCGUACAAAAAUGAUGAUGAUGAAGAUGUCAUCAUCUUAGAAGAAAAUAGUACUCCUAAACCCUCAGUAGACCUUGAUAUUGAAGUUAAAUCAGAACAGAGUCACAUUGAACAAAGUAGUGUUCAGGUUGAACUUACAGGCAAUACUGAACCUUGUGGCCAGACUAGUUCAACAAGCACCUCAACAUCCAGGUGUGAUCAGGGCACCUCUGCUUCCACUCAGACUGAAGCACCAAGUUUAAUUGUUAAAAAGGAAGAAGCUAUUGAAGAUGAGAUAGGUGCAGCAAAUGGUACAGCAAUACUGUCCUCCAGUGUAGAUGCUGAGGCAAAGAUACAGGAAACUCGGGAAGCCUUGGAAAAGUCUGCAGAUGAUGUUGGCUGUCAAUUACAGCAACUGAAAAAUGAGCUACUUCUAGUCACACAAGAAAAAGAUAAUUAUAAGAGGCAGUGCCAUACGUUUACUGAUCAAAUCAGAGUGUUGCAACAAAAGAUACUAGAGAUGAAUGACAAAUAUGUGAAGAAGGAAACGUGCCACCAAUCUACUGAAACUGAUGCUGUAUUUUUACUUGAAAGUGUUAAUGGUAAAUCUGAAAGUCCAGACCAUGUAGGAUCUCAGUAUCAGCAAGCUUUGGAGGAAAUAGAAAGGCUCAAGAAACAAUGUAGUGCUCUGCAACACGUGAAGGCUGAAUGCAGCCAGUGUUGUAGCAGUGAGAGUAAAAGUGAAAUGGAUGACAUGGCUGUGCAGCUUGAUGACGUGUUUAGACAGCUGGACAAAUGCAUCGUUGAGAGGGACCAGUACAAAAGUGAGGUUCAGUUAUUGGAAGUGGAAAAAUCACACCUUCAUUCUCAGUGUGAAGAGCUCAAAACUGAAAUUGAACAGUUGAAAUCUACAAGUCAGCAGAUAGGAGCAGAUGUUUCUACUUCAAGUAAUAUUGAGGAGUCUGUGAAUUACCUGGAUGGGGAAAGCCUCAAGCUUCGGUCUCUUCGAGUUAAUGUAGGACAGCUGCUUGCUAUGAUUGUGCCUGAUCUGGAUCUUCAGCAAGUCAAUUAUGAUGUUGACGUAGUGGAUGAGAUUUUAGGACAAGUUGUGGAACAAAUGAGUGAAAUCAGUAGUACUUAACUAUAUGUUUCAUGUGAAGGAAGGAGUGUGUGCUCUGUUCUGGUUGUACAGCUUUCAGAAUGUAAAGUUUGGUUUGAUAGGUGUGACAGGUGACAGACUGAAAACCAUACCUUCCCUGUAUUCUAUGCAUUCAAGUGUCACAGUUACUGUGAACACAAAACUUUUGAAAUAACCUGUGAAUUGUUGGUAUUGAGCAGCUUAGCAGCUAACUUAGGAUUCUCUUGAAUGUAAAUAUUUGUAUUAAGUCCAUACAUAUUUUUUUAUUGCCCUAGAGACUUUGGUGUUUCUCACCAAGAGCUUUUCAGGUUGUUCCUACGGUUUGUGCAAUUUUCUGGUUCCCUAAAAUGUAUUUUUCUCAAAAUUGAGGGCUGUGCCAUAAUGUAAAUGGAAAUAAAUGUUGCUACCUUGAUGUCCUUUUCGCUGAGCUGAAGGAAGGUUUGGAAGUAACAUAAUACUCCAACAAGAGUCUGGUUAGGGGAAUUGAACAUUAGUGCUUUCUGUAAACUCCUGUCUCCUGGAAUAACUUUAUGAGAGUAAGCUAAGCAAAACCCAGCUUCAUUUUGCCUGGCGUCUUGUGCUGAGAUUGCCAGUUGUCAAGCACAAAGUGUUUCCUGGGGAGAGAGAAGAUCUUCACUGUAAAGUAUUAAAAAUAUCAAAUGACAACCAUGUUUACUUUGAAGCCCAUUUUUGACUGUUCAUUCAGCAUGAAGUGGGCACAAUAAUUAUUUGAUAUUUCUUUUUGUGAAAUUUCCUGUACAGAUUUUUGUAGGAUUACUGCAGGUUAAUGUGAGUUGGGGAAGACAGUCUUUCUCAAACAAUACUGCAUAUCUUUUAUCAUAUUAUAAGUGUUUUAUAUCCUAGAGUUAAGCAACAAACUGGCCUGGGAUUAGAGUAUUACAUGCCAUAAAAUAUGCUUUAUGGGUCUCAUGUUCUGUGCAAUCUUGAAAAGAGGUGGCUUUUUAUUAAGUGUAUAUAAUUCAGAAUAUUUUCCACAGCUGAAAUGUAUGUUAUUUUUUCCAAAGCUUUAUCAUUACUAUUUAUUUUUACUUUUGUUUCUGAAAACUCAGUGCGUACUCAUUUUGUGUGUAUGCUUAAUUACACAUCUGUCUUAUAUGGUAUUGAGUUUUUAAAUGUGUAUUAUCAUCUGGAAAAGCUCAAAUAAAUGAAGUUUGUUCUUAUUUGCUUGGUAAAAGUAAUUGGAAGUGUAUUUUUGGUAUGCAACUGAUUUUCUGUCUAAUUGUAACUGCCUACGAUUUAAAAUACCUUGUAAUAAAAAUGUACAAUGACAACUCUUCA